UAAGUGUGCAUUAUCAAGAUUGAAAGUCACCCACGUGGUUGUAAGAGAAUAAAACAUUAAACACAGCCAGUACAGUAUAGUAUUAGACAAAUGUCUACCAGCUCGGAAACAACAGACAAGCCAUCAACUACAGUCAAGGCAGACUCUACUGAAGACACUAUAAAAGCUGUAGAGCCACCUGCCUCGGAUUCUACUGAAGACACUAUAAAGCCUGCCUCGGAUUCUACUGAUGACACUAUAAAGCCUGCCUCUGAUUCUACUGAUGACACUAUAAAGCCUGCCUCGGAUGCUCCUUCAAGCACUGGGCCACUAGAAGAGAAGAUACUGCGACAGAUUGAGUACUACUUUGGUGAUAGAAAUCUCCCAAGGGACAAGUUUCUACAACAAGCAGCAGCUAGUGGAGAAGGAGGCUACGUGCCCAUUGCCACGUUGCUCACAUUCAAUAGACUCAAGGCAUUGUCUUCCAAUGAGGAGUUGAUUGCCAAUGUUGUGAGACAGAGUGGCAGCACUUUAGUACAGGUGAGCUCUGAUGGUGGAUGUGUUAGACGUUAUCCAGACAAGCCAUUACCAGAUAUAUUCUCCCCUGAUCUGAGAAAGGUCAUCAAAUGCAAAACAGUGUAUGUGAAAGGCUUUCCAGAAAAUGUCACUUUAGAUCAACUGCAAACAUUCUUUGAAGGCUUUGGAAAGGUGGAGCACAUUCAGAUGCGUAGAUUUGGAGCUGAUGACGGGCGCAAGUUUAAAGGCUCAGUAUUUGUUGAGUUUGGAUCCAAAAGCAUCGCUGACUCUUUCCUUGCCACACAAAAUGUACAGUUCCACAGCUCAGAUCUGACAAAGGAGUCAAAGGAAGGUUAUUUUCAGCGUAAGAAUAGUGACAGAAAGGAAAAGAAAAGUGUUGGAACAGAAUUGUCUGAAAGCAAAGAACAAGUGGUUAAGUCUAAAGAUUGUGUUCUGCAUUUCAAAGGCUGUGGCGCUAGUCCAACAUGGGAGUCUAUAAAGGAAGCUUUCAGUGAGUAUGCAACAGUGGCGUUUGUAGAUUUCUCUGAUGACGAUCGCACUGAGGGAUUUGUGCGUUUCAAGGAAGAAGGAGGAGCUAUCAAAGCAGUGGAAGGUUUGAGUAGUAAUGCUGACCAACCACCACAACUGCUAGGAGUGGACACUGUUGUGAGAGUCCUGGAAGGCUCAGAGGAAAUAAAAUAUUGGACUAAACUUGAAGAUAAAAAAAGAAUGAAGAUGUCUGGGAGCAAAGGUCGUGGUGGAUACAAGAGGAAGGCCAGGAGAGAUGAAAGACCACGUCCAUUUAAGCAACUCAAAACUGAAGACUAGUACUUUUCUACUUUUCUAUAUUUUUCCCUUUACAUUACUUGUUUUGAAAGGACA